UCUUGUAGUUUCGAGUCGCUCGUGCUAUGCAGUCGUAGCCGGUCUGGCUAGCUCGGUAAGUCGAAGUCGCGAACCCGCCGAUAAAUCGCACUGAAUGGUUAUAUGUGUACCAUUACUCACCUCACGUGCAGUGUCAGUCGCUGAUGGUUUAAUUGCAAGUCUCUCUCUCUCUCUCUCUCUUUUUCUUCGACUAAAAAUUCAUUUCGAUUCAACGAUUUUCUUUCAUACCUAUUCAUUUUUCCGUUACCGAUCGUGACAGUCAAUUUAAUAAAGUGAAAAUAAUUAUGAGUGAGGCGAACGUGUGACGUCGAAGAAGAUAAAAGUGACCGACAACACAAUUGGGAAUUUGAAAUCAUCAUGGGAAGAGGAUAGCUUACGUCGAGUUUAAUCUUCGGUACCUUCCGCGUCCAGGAUGCGAGUGCUAGGACGAGUGGUGGCGGUACUGGCGUGGAUGGUGUUGAGGACGCACCUUGUAUCGGCGCAGUCGCCGCACCUUGGUGGAGCCGUGAACGUCUUCAGCAGGUACGGUUACCUGAGCAUAAGCAUGAGGGUGGUGCCGAGGAACGACACGGAGAGUUGGAUAUUCCGCGAGCCGACGUUGGACGUCUUCCUGAACCCGGUUGCGGCGCCGCCGCGUCCGCAGGACAAAAACGCGGUGCUUAAGGGCGACUUUCACAUGGAGUUUUGCGACAACAUAAGACAGCUACUCCAGGCCUACUUCAGGGACUUUACGUUCGAGAGACUGGACAGACCCUGGCGAGCCUUCACCGCGAGUUGGUCGAGGACGGCGAUAGCCAGGCACCUUGGUAUAAACGCGUCGUUCGCGACCGGGGACCAUUGUUACGUCCUCGUUCGCGUUGCCAGAUUCAGGGAAAGCCAGCGGCUCAACGCACCCGUGGAUUCUCUCAAUCUCGACGAGGCGAUAGCGCGGGAAGUCGAAAACGUCACGAUCGGGGAUUACGGAAGCGUAAUUAGAUUCGUGAGAAACUUCGGAUCGCACUACGUGUCGUCCUACGUGACGGGAAAUUCACUCUAUCAGGUGUUCGUGUACACGCCGCAGGUGUAUUCGCGUAUAAAAGGAAGACUGAAGUCCCGUGGCGUUGGUGAACUCUCCACGUCCGAGCUGAACAAUUUCUUUUCGCCAUGGUACGCGGAGCACAUGGGGGCCAUACAAUCGGCCAGUGGAAACAGAUCUGUCGAGGCGUGGGCGGUCGACCGACUGCGAGUGCAAUACUACAUAUUCACCUACGCGAGUUUGUUGAAACUUCACGGCGACGUGCCGCUGCUACGUCAGCUGGAUUCCCUCCUCGGCAACGAGGCCCUGCUUCAGCUUCAGCUCCGGACCCUGGAGCCACUCUUCAAGAAUCAUCCGGCGCGACUCGCGUGGUUUCGCGAAAUAAUUGACAAUUUUUUCAAACUCUGCGAAGUGAACGUGUGAACAGAGAGAUUUUCUAGAUCAAUCGAAUUACGACAUGAUAACAUGAUAUGUAGGGAAGACAGUGAUGUAAACUUUGUAUGUACGAUACGGAUAGAGAGAUGAUCCGUAAAGAACGUUGGCGAUGUACGUACGUACGCACACGUAUGUAUGUACGGACAGAAAUCGACGUCAAGACCGUCAAGUGCCUUUUGCGAUGUUUCAUUAUACACGUAUUAUAUUAUACAAUGUACUGUACAGUUUCUAUAAGAAAUGGUCAUUUUCGUUUCUUUUUUGGAAAAUCGGUCGUUUCAACGACGCGAUUGAGAUAUGUAACCAUCUUCGGUGCAUCGUGAUAUGAACAUGUUCAACUUUCCGCGUAUAAUAACUUUUAUAAGUAUACAUAUUUAUUAGGGUGCUUCACCCGAGAAAAUUAAUUUUUUGUUUUAUCAGAAAACUGUUGUUUAUGAUGAAAAACAAACUCCUUGCAAAUUUGAGCUCGAUCGGAUAAGAUUUAGAGGUCCCGCUUUCGAGCUUUCGUUUUUAUAUAUUAAAAUAACACGUAAAAAACUGCUUAGCUGAAAAUAUUCGACGAAAACGAAAAAUAAUAAAAACUUUUAUUUUCUUUCAAUUUAAUACGAUUAUUUUUCAUUAUUCGUUUUUUUUUUCAUUUUAAUCGAAUAAAAUAUCUACGUAGAUGCGUUUUUUGUACCAAAUAUUGUUGCCUACAAAAAAGGUCUCUUGAUAUUUUUCAUUUUCGUCUAUAUUUUCACGCGAUAUCGACGGUGAGUGGAGUCGAGCUUUUUUUUACGUGUCAUUUCAAUGUAAAUACGAAAACUUAAAAUCGCGACUCCUAAAUAUUAUCUAAUCGAGCUCAAAUUUGCAAGGGAUUUGUUUUUCAUAAUAAACAACAGUUUUAUGAAGAAGCAGCGCAGAAAAAAUAUAAUUUUUUUUUUUGUGAACCACCCUAAUAAAUAUGUAUACCAUCUAUAUCAGAUUUACACGUAUGUACGUACGAUUGAUAUGAAUUUGAGAAAAAGAAACUGAAAAAACAAGCAACAACGUGUGUAUACAUACAUAGGUGCUGAAAAGUGAUCUUGAAUUGACUAUUGCGUUAAUAACCGCUGUAUAACGUUCCUCGCGAUCGUGAGAUCGUUCACAUUUAAAAACAGACUGAUUAAUUAUUUAUACACACGCAUUUGUCAACCUAAGCGAAGAGGUAUACGUAUGUAUAUGAAUACACAUUACACGUAUGCAUAUGCAUAUACUGAAAACACGAAAUAUAAUCACUGUUAUUGUUAUAAAUAAGUAUUUAUUAUAUAAUAGUUAAUACAAAAACAUUUUAUACAAACGCUUCUUUUUAUUUUUUUAAUUAUCGUUUUUUUUUUUUAAUUUGUUUUUUUUUUUUUUUAUAUUCUACCUAUGUCACCGGCAUUAUUCUCACUGUUCUAUUAGCCUAGAUAUACGGUAUACGAUUCGGUGACCUUGGAAGAAGAUACCGGUCGAUAUUACUGACGAACAAUUCAAUUCCGGUAUUUCUUUAGCA